AUGACUUUUUUUCUGGAAUGGGUUAGUGUUGGUUUCUCUGCUGCAACAGGUGUGUCAAUUAAGACACAUACAAUAAUUUCUUGGUCAUUCAAUUCAACAUUAGAUCCUAAUGAUGGGAAUAGGAAAGACAAAUUAGCGUUGAUCAUUGUAUCACUGAGUUUUGGUGUAGUGAGUUGUGCAUUAGGUUUACUUUGGUUCAUUUGUUGGAGAAAAAGAGCUAAUGGGAACACACAAAAUUUUGGAGAUGAUGUAGGUAUGCAUAUAGAAUUUGAAAAAGGAAUUGGACCAAAAAGUUUCACUUAUCGUGAAAUUAUCCAUGCAACGAACAACUUUGCUGAAGGAGGGAAGCCUAGAGAGGGAGGAUUUGGAGGCGUUUACGAGGGUUUGUUAAGUGAAUCAAAUGCAGAAGUUGCGGUUAAAAGAGUCUCAAAAGGAUCAAAGCAAGGAAAAAAGGAGUACAUAUCAGAAGUGACAAUCAUUAGCCAUUUGAGACACAAAAAUUUGGUUCAACUAAUUGGUUGGUGCCAUGAACAAGGGGAGUUACUUCUUGUGUAUGAGUACAUGCCUAAUGGAAGCCUUGAUACUCAUCUAUUUGGAGUAGAGAUUAUGCUAAUAUGGCCUAUGAGGUAUAAGAUAGCUCUUGGAUUGGCAUCUGCAUCGUUGUACCUUCAUGAAGAGUGGGAACAAUGUGUGGUCCACUGA